CCGCUUAUCUAGCGGUAACGUGAAAUUAAUCGUUUUUCUAUUGUAAUUAAUAUCAGGAGCAUGUACUAUUUAAUAAGUUAAUUUUCAUUGUAAAAUUCCCCUGUUUAAUUUAACUACUGUUAUUACUUCGACGUUGAGAAUAAAAAAAUCCCACGAAAAGAUCCAAGCGAUUCUAUCUGACAUGACAUUAGGCCAGACGCCAUGUUUGUCACGUUUUUGCCAGUUGUGAAUAAAUUUAGCCAAAAUUUCAAUUUGCAGUAGCGUCACCGCAUGUAUUUAAUUUAUUUUGCCAAAAAUUGAUGCAAGAUGAGUACUGUGUUUUCAAAAAACAAGGAAAAGCGUUCGCGUUCAUCGUCCAACGAAACUAACAAUUCAUUUGUGAGGAAUGUAACAUCAAGAGUGUCGGGGUUGUUACCCGCAACAAUCACGAAGUGGUUCAGUAGCCCCAGCUCAUCCAAUGCCAAUGGAUCCACUGCAGCUGCAGAUGCUACUGACUCCUCCACUGAAGAUGAGGCUCCAGAAAGCCCCAUCACAACAGAACCACCUCCCAAACGCAUGAAAUUUAGUACAGCGGGCAACUACAAUAAUUUUGGCCCGAGUGAUCCUAAUUGUAUUCCUGCGGGUAUUGACACUGUAGAUCACCCUCCAUAUUCAACUGUGCAGUCAGCACCUACUAGGAGCACCUUUAGAAAGGAAGCUAAUUAUGUCUCCUCUACUCCUAUAAGGGCUCCAAAUGAAGAAUCUGUUAUCGAAAGAAAUGAAAGGGAGAGCACUUUAUUGAACAAAUCACGAACUUCAGUCAUUAGUGCUGGGCCGUCUGUUGGACUAGGUAACAAGAGGAAGUCAUUAUUUAAUGCAAAUAACAAGGAAGCCUCUAUGCGAGCUUUGGAGACAACAGCUAAUAACACCAGGGUUGAUACAAAGGCCCCUUGUUUCAAGCCCGCCUUGCUUGGGUCUCCGUUCUAUCCAGGACAGACAAUGUAUGGAGGUGCUUCUACAUCUGUGUACAUCAAUCAACCAAACAUCAAGCACAAAAAGGUGGCUUUAGUAAAUGAAUCCAGUAGCAGCGAUAAUACUGCUAUUAGUCAUUCCGCACGACGUAUUCUGGACCUACUGGAGAAUUACUCCUCGCCACUGAUGGAAGCUAGGAGACUUUCUCAGAUAGUAAAUAACAGCAGUUCUAAGAACGACACAUCAAAUAGCUCAACUAUAAGUGGCUCGCCAUAUUCAAACAAAGUUAUAUCGUACAAAACCCAGGAACUUCAUGCGCCAAAUAUCGCAACUAUUUUGCGAUUGAAACAAAGAUCACGUCUAAUGGAUACAACAAACGCGGCAAGGCAAAUCAUUGCAUCGCACAGCAGCACAUCGGAUUACAUCGGUCAGCCCUAUGCGUCUGUCAUCACACAUAAAGAACGAGCUGUCACAGAACCUUCCAAAAUGACAACUAAAGUGAAAAAUAGGUUGACAAGAGCCAAAAGAGGAGAGAGUGAUAUGGAGGAACAAACUAUCACUCCUGUUUCUUUACCCACAGGAGUUUUACAAAUUGAUAAAGACAACUUGCCUAAAUUCCAUUUCGAUAUUCCAGUGCCCAAACCUGCUCCUACAUCAAUGCCUACCCCCAAAUUUACAAUUGUAGGAACAGCCAAUAAAACAGAUAAAACUCCAGCUGCUGCCAAUAGUGAUGAAAUGGACUCAAGUAAGCCUAACGUUUCUAAUAAUAAUGUAUACAAAUUCUCAAGCCCUGUCAGAAUAUCAAGAGCGACUACGAUAAUUUCUAGUACUCCUCCUAAAUUUAAGUUUGGCAGUCCUGAGCGUGGUGUAGAUAAGCCUAAGUCUGAUAAUGACAAGAAAGAUCACAAUCCUUCUUAUGUUAUAGGUCUGCCUAAGGUGACCGAAAAACUACCGAUUCGCAAAUCGGCUGAUUGGAAAUGUCCAGACUGUUGGGUGUGCAAUAAGCCAGAGGUUAACAACUGUGUUUGCUGUGGAACGAAGCAGACACCAAAAGAGGCCACUAAACCAAAGGAGACGGAAAAACCUAACGAGACGGCGCAGCCACUAAAAUGCGCCAUUUGCAAGCUGGCUGAUAGGCAGUUCAAUUCGGAGAAAUGUGUCAAUUGUGACAAGAUCAAGUUUAGUAGUAGCAUCAAAAUGAAUUUCCCGACUGCAGCAUCCUCAAAUUGGAAUUGUGCAGAUUGUUGGGUUAGUAAUGAUGAGAAAGCGGAUAAGUGCGUGUGCUGCGGUGGAAAGAAUCCCAAAAAGUCUAGUGGGCCAAGUGUUGCCUCGGGCAACGGUGAUAGCGAGUGGAAAUGUGAGGACUGUUGGAUUAAGAAUAAGAGUGGCGAUAAAAAAUGCGCUGCGUGUGGUGGCGCCCGACCUGGGGCCAAGCCAAAGACAGCACCUGAACCGCUCACCAACAAUUUCGGGUCUACACUGUUUAGAACAGACAAUUCCUUGAAGAAUAUUGCAAAAACACAAUCAGACAAAUGGGAAUGCCCCAGUUGUUUAGUGAGAAAUGAUAAUUCCACAUCCAAAUGUGUUUGCUGCGAUGAAAGUAAACCUGGCACCGUCAAAGUUUUAGAUAACCAUAAGGCGUUCAACUUCGGUUCGGUAACGGCUACAUCAUUUAAAUUUGGAAUUGACCCGAAAGCACAAGAUACUAAGGCCAGUUCUACUAAACUCCCUGAAAUUAAAUUUGGUGACGGUCUAGCUAAACCGGAAGAAUCCGAGACAAAUAACAAUGUUUACAAGAGCUCAGCAAAUCGAUUCACAUUUGGAACAUUUGCCAAAAAACCGGAAGAACAAACAGAAGUUGCCAAAGAAAACAAAGCUAAUGAGGCUCCUAAAUUGGGUUUAACAUUUGCAAUGCCAAAAACUCAGACACUAAAAGAUCCAGAUGUAAUUCCUGUGUUCGGUUCACCGAAAAAACUUGUGGAAUCUGUCCAAGAGAAAGUAAACGACGAGAAAGAGAAACCCCAAGAAGUACCUAGUCUACCUAAGGUUGAUUUCAAAUUUACACCUCCCAAAAACAAGUCUCCCAAAAAAAUUACUGGAUUAUUUGCACCGGCAUUAUCCAGCACUCCAGUGAAUCUAGACAAUACUAGUCCUGCAACAACUUUGAACACAUUAGGUAGCAAUGCCAUUUCAGAGAACAAGCCCAAUACUGUCAACUCUCUAUCGCCAAUACCUGGAGCUUCGACCCCUGAUGCAGUAGCUCCAUUCAAAUUUACAGAUAUAGGUCUGAAACCGCCUCAAAAUAUGUUUGCGGCUCCUACUUCCACUCCUCCCUCAUUCUCCAGCACAAUACAGAGCAAACCGACGACGUCGGCGAUGCCAGUGUUCCAGAAGCUCGAGCAGAAUGCUGCACCUCCAAUGUUCAUGAAUCCCAAUGCAACCACUUCAACGGUGUCAAUGUUCCAAAAGACUGAGACUAUUACGACCGCGGCUCCGCAAUCUCUGGCUGCCACUGGACCUGUAUUCAGCUUCGGAUCCAACGCCGCCCCGAGUGCAGCACUACAAUCUGACAAACCCAAGUUCAACUUUACAUUUUCAAUGAACCCUCCCCAAUUUAACAGCAAUGCAUUCAGUGCAGCACCUCAAAACUCUAACACAAACAAGUUUAGUAUUACCGGAGGUGCUUUGGGAGGGAACGGGCUACCUGCUACGAAUCCGUUGACCACGGGAAAUACUCCAACCGCUGGAAAAGUUGGAUCAGUCACUGAGUUGGCGACGAACCCGUUAUCUUCAAGGAGUGAGUUGCCAGCACCCGGGACUUUGUUCGGAGUACCCGUACAGAAAGAAAAUCUGUGGUCAGCUAACAACAAUAGCUCAACCAAUAUGUUCGUGUCGAAUGCUUCGACUAAUUCAUUGCAGAAACCUCCGGCGUUUAGCUUUGGGUCGUCGACGCCAUUUAAUUCUUCCAAUCAAGUGGUGACAUUCGGAGGUACCGCAGCUCCCACUCAGAAUAAUCAAGUGACAGCGUUCGGCAGUAACACAGCACCCUCUCAGAAUAAUCAAGUGCCGGCAUUUGGCAGUACCGCGGCAUCUCAGAAUAAUCAGGUGACGGCGUUCGGCAAUAACACGGCACCAUCUCAGAAUAAUCCUGUACCAACAUUUGGCAGUAACACCAACGCAACGGCCUCUCAGAACAAUCCGCUGUCAGGGUUCGGAAGUACCACAGCUCCCGCUCAAAAUAACCCGGUUGCACCGUUCGGGAGCACCGCAGCCGCUCAGAACAACGGCCCGCCGGCGUUCGGCAGCAGCGCGGCGCCCGCUCAGAAUAUGUUUGGCAUGAAUCAGAAUACGAGCGCUCAGCCGUCCAUGUUCUCGAACCCGGUGCGAAGCCCGCCCGCGCAGACCAUGUUCGGCGCUCAGCAGCCGGCCAACAACGCCGCGCCCUCGAUGAACCUCUUCGGGAGCCCCGGUGUAGGGGCGGCGCCUACGUUCGGGACCACGAAUCCGCCUAUAGUGCCCCUCAACCCUGCGCCGGCGCCGGCCUUCAACUUCGGCGCGCCGCAGCCCAGCACAGGGGUGUUUGGGUUUGGGCAGACGGCGCAGCAAGCGCAGCCAGCGGGCGUGUACAGCUUCGGCGCCCCGGGCGGGGCCCCGCAGGUGCAGUUCGCUAUGGGCCGAGCCCCCAGCGCCGCCGGCGCGCGCCGCAUGCGCAAGGCGUUCCGCAGAAACUCACCACGAUGAAACCCAUUCCGCCGCCGCGUGGGUUGGCCGUACCAAACAAAUCCUGUAAGUGACCUCUCGGAAAACAAGCCAUAAACCCACAACUUCUACCAAGCCGGUGGUUUUGAUGUAGCCAAUAUUUUUAUAGAUGUAUAAAAUAAUUCAAACACGACGCACCAUCUGUCUACAUUCUUUUAGUGAUUAACGAAUCACGCUAACUAUGAAAAUUUUAUGUGAUCUUUUUAAUGGUUAUUAUUACAAUAUACUAUUAUAAUUCAACUAUUCUGUUAAGUAAAACGACGAGUUGAUCUUCUAUUAUGGGUAGUGCGUUCGCGUUAAGAAAAUGGUGACGCAUCGUUGUCUGUCACACAGCUUAGCAACCAAUCAGAUCGUAGUUAGAUUAGAAAGCCGUGUUCACAUUGACCAGUUGAUGGAAGUCAGUCAGUUCGGAUUUCCGUGUAGUUGAAUGGAAAGCAUGGUCGAUCUUAUUUUAAUGUUUGUAGUUUAUUAUUUAAUUAAUGGACUUUAGUAUACAAAUAUAGGAACACAUAGUACACAUAAAUAUCAAUAUUAUUAAGGUUACAUGUAUGAUUAUGACAUUUUGUAGAUCAAAUAAUGCUUCAACCACACCAACGCGUGUAGAUCGCCAUCGCCGUCGCGAUCACGGCGCGAUCUGCACGCGUUGGUGUGGUUGAAGCAAGUCUAUCCAACAAAAUUAUUACAUUCUAUAAACUCUAUUGAUUUAUAUUAGUGACAACAAUGCAUUUAACAUUCAAUUCUCUUAAUAUUGUGUAAUAAAAAUGUUUACAAUAAAGUUAAUGGUUUGAUUUUAACUCCUGUAUGAAUACCUCUUUGUACAGAUGUCACCAUUUCCUUAACGCGAAUAGACAAUGGCUCGUUUUCUGAAUUGAGAUGCUUAGCUUAAGCGUGCUUAAAUUUCUUACUUAAGUAGCUGGACUCUGCAGCACGUUCAAGCUAUGCAUCUCAAUUCAGAAACUGUGCCCAUAAUUAGGUGUUUUUAGUGUGUACUUUAUUUUUAUGUAUUAUAUUAUACUAUCCUUUAACUACUGCAUAAUUUUAAUUCCGAUUACUUUCCCUUAUGUGCAAACUGGAAAUAUGUCAUUCAUCUCCUGAGUAUUAAGAUACCAUACUAGUAGUAAAUCAACAAUUAGUCUUGAUUAAAGGAAUAGAACUAUGAUGCCUUUAUAGGAGUCAGUGGUUUUGCUAACUAUUAUUGACUUAUCAUAUUGCCUUUAGGAAAUAGGUAUCUAAUAAUUAUAAAUUUAAACAUACUAUACGACAUAUUCUUAUUUUUACUGGUUCUGAAUUAAGUAACAUCGUAAGAUACAUACUCUGAGUAAUGUUGGAUGCUUGGACUAGUGCCGCUAUUUAAGUACUAUGGGAAUAAUAAACCAAUAUUCUGUUUGUCAAGUUAGUAAAUCUUUAAUAGUUGCCAGAGCAGCCUGACAAACGAAAUACAUUUGUAACUUUAUUUUUAUGUUUUUGGAAUCAAGUUAAGACUGGAAAACUAAAGAUAUAUAAAAUGCAAAAUUAUGCGUGAUAGAUAUUGAUUAAUCGAAUUGAAAGGUGAUAGUGCACGCAACAAAAUUAUAAGGUUUGUUGCGCCUCGACACGUGGGCAUAUUAAUUAAGGGGUGUAUUAUUAAAUCGAGUAUUAAAAAAAAAACAGGAGAAGGAACUUUUAUCAAAGGGGCUGUUGCAAAUAGUUGGUAGGUUUAAUAUGUCCACAGUUGCAGACUAAACUCUUAUUUAGGUACCUUAUAUGUCACCGUAUGUAAGAUGUUUUUUAUAAAAGUUUUUAAGUUAGAAAAAAUUGUGGCCAUGUUUUUAUAGAUAAACUACACUGAACUGUCCCAAACUCAUUGACAGGGAGGCGCCACUCCAGUUCUCUUUCUUUUCAAAAAUAAAGGAACUUGGCAAAAAUCUGAACCAGCGAUCCGGUAUUGACGGUGGCGCCCCCCUGUCAAUGACACUGAUGGGACGGUUCGUUUUUGUUGGACAAUACUUGAUCUAUUGGGACCAUAAAGUUAAUAUUCCUUCGGAUAGAUCAACAACCACGAGCUGUCAAACGAUACCGAAUUUGGAUGACACUGUAUGUUAUUUGUGUGUCAGUUGUCAUGAUUAUUUCACUAUUUUGUAGAAUAAAUCAAUCCUGAACCAGUCACCACGUUUCUGAAGUACUAUUUCUCAUAAACAUCCACGGUUUCAAUCACGUAAAAUCUGAAAAUAUCUCAAGAGUUCAAAUUUUCAGUUUGCCAAUAAGUGCUAACGAACUGUCAAAUAGUUGAAAAAAAAAACCAUCACGCAUCUCUUUUUAUCACACAGUAUUGCCGCUAGUGACAUAACGCUCGCUCAGUUCUUUGUUGUUCUUAUACCGCUAGGUAUAUUAACUUUAUUUAUUUAAAGGCACAACUAUAGAAUACAAUUCAAUACAAUUACAAAGAUAUAGAUCGUUUCAUCCACGAUGACGCGCCCCACCACUCCCCGAUCGAGGGAAGCGCGGGGUGCGGGGAGCCUGUACCUCUAGUACGAAAAACUUUCGAGUUCGUUUCGUUGCGUAUUCAAAGUGUCAUCGAAAAAUUUUGUAUGAAAAAUUAAACAGCGCCCCCUAGGGCGGCUAUAAUAUAGGGGGCGCUGUUUAAUUUUUCAUACAAAAUUUUUCGAUGACACUUUGAAUACGCAACGAAACGAACUCGAAAGUUUUUCCUACUAGAGGUACUGAUCCGACCAACCCGAGCGUCAUCAUUAUAGUGUGUGCGACUGUCCAAUUGCAACGCUGCCAAUGCCAACAAUGGCGCUCGGAUUGAUCGGAUCAAACUCCCUGCACCCCGCACUUCCUCCGAACAAAAAGUGGCGGGACGCGUCCUCGUGGAUGAAACGAUCUAUAACUAGGUUAAUUAACUUAUGAUUGGGACUUACUCGUAAUUAUUUUGGUCAGCAGGCCAGGGGCAAGAUGCAAAUCUUAACGCAUUUUUUUUUGCGUUAAGAGUUACAUCUCAAACUAAAUUUUAAAUAACUUGAAAGAAAUCGAACUGCUAAGUAAAAUUUUUGUGUCCUUAAGUAUGUAUUCCAAUCUGUCACACUGAAUGUUCCGCUUCUUCGUUUCUUUUUAAAUUAUCAAUCUUGAUUUCUUAUUCGACAAAAUUAUUUCUUACCUACCUUUCUUAGGUAUUCCGCUUUUCCGAUUAUUUCUAAUUUGAAGAGCUCUAUGAUGAUUUUUCAUCAUAAUUACAUUUAAAAUUAUAUGGCCACUGUUCUUUUUUUCACAUCUAAGUAAGUGUAAGAGUGAAAUUUUUGUAUAAUUAUGAUGUGUAGGGAUGAAUAAUAUCAUGUAAUAAUAUAGCCUGCCUCAUCGAUAAAAUAAUGAUCUAAUCCAACAUAAAAAUAUUUUUUCAAUUCUGACCAGUACUUCCCGAGAUUAACUAUACAGACAAUGAAACAAACACACUUUAUAAUAUGUAUCACCUAAAGAUAAUAUUUGUGUGACAAAUGUGACGUAUGUAUGUCCUUUUAUUUAUUUUAUUUAUUGCACAUCAUGCAAAAUAACCAUUUACUGAUAUUAGGUUCUUACGCAUUUUUUCGGCGUGCAUUGUUUUUAUCGAUAAAUCGGUCUACUUAAAUCCUGACAAGCAAAGUAAGAUUUGGCUUACAAUACUUAGAUGAUAAAAUAACUAUUUUAGAUUGAAAGUUACUGUUUGCAGUGGCAAUAGUCAUUGACACAGGCGUAUUGCGACUUACCAUUGCUCAAUACCUGUUGUCUCGAAUGCCGAGUGAACCAGACACAAAUUAACAUUAACCUAUCUUACCAUUUUCUUAGGACGUCCGUCGCAAUAUAUAUUUUUUUAAUUUUUUUGAUGACACACUUCCAUUACUCUACUAGUAAUGUAGUAAUUGCUCAAAAAUAAUUGUAAAGAAUGAGGAAUUAGUGCUAUGAUUUAUGUGUUGGCGGACAGUAGAAAAUAAAAACAGUCCCUUUAUUGUCAAAGCAAAGUCAAGCCAAAGUCAAAAUUCCUUUAUUUGCAUGGACUAUUAAAAAUAAUGAAUUUAUAGUAAAAAUAAAAGACUAAUAAAAAACCUUUAAAGUUUUGCUCAUAUGAAGCCUUCACAUGUCUCAUAAUCUUUUUAUCCUACCAGUCUGCCGAUUAAAAUAAAUAGAAAUAUCGGUUGUACCUACAUAUUGAUUCAGGAGCAUUUUUUUUAUGGUGUAUCUUGCAAAAAUAGGCAUACAAGAUUGACAUGUGAAUGGGCUUGAAUUUAAUAUUCAUUUCAUACUUAAGUAGAAAAUGAGCAUGCUCAAGGUAAAAAUCUCAAUUCAGAAACCGGGGUCACUCUAUGUAUUGUCUUCCAACACAUUAACUCAAUAGUUCUACCUUAGAACUAAUACUUAAUGGAACAAGUGGGAACAAAGGAAAAAUAAAAAAAUAUUCCUUUUAUAAAAUAAAUGAAUUUUCUAUCGAGAACUCUUGAUCCCUAAUGAUUUAACUUUUUUAAGACGCUUCAGGACUGACUGUACAAACAUUUUGAAAUUUAUUUUCUUAUGAUCAUGAGUUGAAAAUUUGAGGAUAGUUGAUACCCACCUGUAAUAAAAAAUGAUUACGGUAUAAAAUAUAUUCACAGUAAAAAUAAAAAUAUUGACGUUUAUUAUGUAAGGCUAGGCAUUCACCACUGAAUACAAACCUAUUUUAUACAUGCUCUAGUUGUCGGGCUAGGAAUACAGGUAUAUAGAAUUAUUAAUAAAUAAAAAUAUUGAAUUAAUAGCACCACCAUACUAGUAUUUUUGAUCAUUAAGAUAUCGCACAUACCUUUAUACUGAAUUAGUAAUCUAGACAGAUAAAGUGAAUACAUAGCUACUACAGUCCUUUUCAUAACUAUUUUUGUGUGCUUUAUUUCAAAAUCAAAUUAAAAAUAAUAACCACAUUAUGAAGAAAAGAGUUUAAAAAAAAAUCAAAAUCAACUUUGUAUGGAUAAUUUUUGUAUCAGUAUUAUUCCAUUUUCUGAUUUUUUUUAUUGAUUUGACUAAAGACAUAUUCGAUAUUAUCAAAUAUAAAAACCGGUUAAAAACACGCGAGAAAAAAAAUUGAAGCAGUUUUUAGGUAAAAUUUCGGAAAAAAUAAAUAAAAUAAAAAAUAGAAAUUAAAAAAAACUUACUGAUAAGUGGGCGAACUUGUAUUCUUAAAAUAACCUUACCUAUAACACCCGGGAAGUUUGUCUAACCUUCCACCUAGCACCCUGUAUAAUAUCAAUUUGAUAUGAUAAAUGCAUGUAGGUUGAAAAAGAAAUGAAAUUGUUAUUCACACCAGUGAAAGAAAUAAAAUCUCGUAUUGUUUAUUUUGAGGUUUCAUAGAAAUUGCAAAAUAAAGCAUAAUAAUAUUUGUUAUUUAGGUCUCUAAAUUGUUCUUUUGUUUCAGGUCAGUAAUUAGGCAUUUGAAUAGGAAUCUUAUCGCGGUAUAUUAUAUUUAUGACGGCAAUAUGUAUGCAUAAUACGUCCAAAAUGGAUUGACAGAUUAUGGUUUCCUUCAUACUAGGUCAGUGAGGUUUUUUCCUUUUCUGUUCACCUAAAAGUGCGUGUAGCAUUAUCCUAAAUGUCGGUGGUUCUGUAAGGUAGUUGGCGUUGGAAAAUUGCCAAUUCUAAAUGUAUCUUUCAAGUUUCAAAUUACUGACUCGAUUUAAAGUCAUUCUGGCGGUAAAUAUGGUAGUUAAUACACUGUAACACACCACGGUAUCUGACUUGUAGUAUGCUUCUCAUUAUACUGCAUGGCACUGACAAAGAGGCUUUUAAGAAGCUCCUAUAUUAGUUUAUUUUUGGGAUAAAAUGUGUUAUUUUUUAUUUUUGAGUAAUAAGUCGUUAAUGAUAUUCCCGAAAGCCUAAAAUUCUGUAUGACAGAAAAUUAUACUUUUAGUAACAGGGUAAUUAGAAUGCUUACAAAUAGUGCUAUAUUGUCAUCAUUAUUAAAUCUCUUGGACACGUUGAAAUAAAUAUUGUGCUUCCAUUGCGAAUAUGUAUAUUAUAUAUUUCUUAUUUUACUUUUUACUAAAUAAUUGUGGUACAAAAUGAACUACAUACCUGGUCACAUCAAUCACGAUGUGGUGUUUAAAAAUCUGAAGGGAUUUAUCUACUAAACUACUACACAUCUUGGGUUAAUACCUACAUGCAGACAUUGUAUUUUUCUCCUCCUGAUUAUUAUUUAUUAUAACUUCUAUCUUAAAUAAUGACAGAUGGCACAAUUGAGACAUAACAGCGGGGCUUCAUCUUAAAAAGACGAACGUACCUAUUUUCGAUUAUCGAAAGUGAUACAUGAAGUUGAAAAUACGAUUUUCAUAGAAGCCUCAAUAAAUACGACUCAUAUUUACUUAUUAGUGUACUAUCCAUAUUAAUAUCUUGUAUCCAUAGAAAACGGAAUAUUUUAAUCGAUGUAAACUUAGUGUUAUAUGUGUAUACUGUAGUAGUGUUUAAUAGGUAUCUAUCUUUCAUACGUAUUGAAUACAAAAUCUUUCGAGUGGCUAAUAUACACGUCGAACAUUUCUUAUACACACAUCAUUCCGAUGUCGGCAUAUAGUCACAUAAUAUUAGAAGCUGGUCUGUAGUAAGAACAUUUUUGAAUACAUGUCAUAGAUUAUACUGUAAUAAUUAGUGCUGCCAGUUGUAACAAUACUAACAUACAUACAUAUAUUUUAAACAUAUUAGAGUUAAUAGUUUUGAAUGUGGAUUAGUUCGCCGGAUGAUGAUCCGCCUUUACUUUAGUCUAGCUCCGUAAUGAUGGCCGGAGCCUGCAGCUCGAGCGGAGGCUGUCGCGUGACUCCUCUCAGAUAUCGCCAAAGACACGUACUAUUGGUUCUGCGUCCGCGAGAGGCGACAGGCGCCACGGCCGUUAGCGAUACACCUUAGCGAUCGAGAACGGUGACAUCUCGCUUAUAUGCCCCGUCACCAACCACCCCAUCAAAUAUAUCCCAGUACUACUCGUUUAUUAUUCAUGCCCACAUCCACGGGGCGAGAUGAAUUCGUAGCCGAGAUCUUAGUUUUUAAUGUUUUACUAUAAGUUUAGAUGUAUCUCUUCUAGUAUCAAUAAAUGUUCAGCAAAAUAUUGUAUCAGACAUGACGACGGUAUCUUUUGUAUAUUGGAUUUUUUAACUAAGUCAAACGUAAUUUAAUAAAAAAAAGAGUAUUUAUACACAUCUGUUAAAUGACUGCUACGAUCUUUUGCUUAUUACGAUUUUGUAUUGUACAUAUUUAUAUUAGUUAUUACCUAUUAUACUAAUAGAUUCAUUUGUUCAUCAUUUGAAUUCUGACCGAGAUUUCCAAAAAAUAUUAUGUUCCACUGAAAAAUUCAAGAUACUUGCCAUAAGUUAUUGCCUCUAUGGAAAGAUGUAUAAUUUUUUGCUACUGCAUCUUACAAGUAAAAUGUUGUCAUUUUGGAAGUCUCAACUCGAGCCAGUUAACCAAUCAGUGACUAUUCAAGACUAGCUGGAACUAGUUUCAUUUUAAACACAACCAUAAUUUCGGAUUAAAAUUCAAUAAAUAGUCACCUAAUUCAAUCUCGUCAAUGCGUAUGAUAAAAGGCAUUACAUACUAAUUUUUGCACGAAUAGUUUCCAUGGUGUUUUAUAGUUUAAUGCGUAAUCUUGUUAUUUCUGGAAAAAAUGGUCUCAACUUUUUGUAUUGCGUAUUUUUUAAGACACAAAAUCACAAUUACUAUUGUUAAUUUAUUUUUUUAAUUGUUAACACAAGUAACAUUAUAAGAUUUCAUUAACUUUGAAUGCCUUUUAUGCCAGAUUGGGUUAGUUGUAAAGCGAAUUAGUAUUUUUACAUUACAGUAAAAAAACUAUAUUUUUAGUGAAAAUGUAGUGUACAAUGAAAUCUUAAAACUCCGAUGGUUAUAAAUACCAAUCUUUUUUAAAUCUUUUUUUGCAAGCUUCUUUAAAUUUCCAAAUAUUAUUUUCUUACCACUAAACUGUAAGUGGCUAUAGUAGAUCAAGACUUGUUAGUCUGCUGUAACCGUAAUGUAUAGUCGCAUUUGGAUUUUUAAUAUAUUGAUUUAUUUUUUUAAUAUUCAAGUAAUAACGACGCAUCCAAAUGGGCACUGAACAUAGUCAUCUUAAUGUAAAACUUAUCAUAAUUGUAUUUAUCUCUAUAUCAAUGGAACUUACAAUAAAGGAAUAAAAGAAGAUUGGGGAGCAAAACUAAAAUACUGAUACUUCUUGAUACUAUUGAAACAUUGAAAGAAAUAAUAUGAUAAAAUAAAAUUAUUGAUUUAUUAUGAAUGCCUUUAGAUUUGUUCCUCAAUUAAAAACAGCCAUUAAAAACA